AUGGAUUCUUGCCUUAGUGAUACUGUCCCCUAUGCUUAUAAUUCUACAUUAAAUCUCCCAAAGAACAAGAACUUCAUUUACAAAAGAACUUUGAAAGCAUUAUUUUACAUUAUCUCAUAUUAUGCUCCUGAUCGGGAUUUGGGACUCAUGAAUCCUGGGUAUGCAGAUCUUAAAAGUGAAAAUGGGAUAUUUAUUGAGAAGUUAAGAAAUAUGCUUGAUGUAAGGAGAAUCUAACUUUACCAUCACAUCGUCAUCACUUUCGCUGAGAUUUAUACCAUGAGAGGACAGAAUAUAUUGGAAAUUGGAAGUGGCAGAGGGGGUGGACUAUAUUACCUAACUAAACAACUGACUCCUAAAUCUGCUCAAGGAGUUGAUUUCAGCCAAGCUCAAUUACCUUUGAUAGUGAAAGCUGGAUCUCAGGAUUAUAUUAUAGAUAUAAACGCAUCAACCUUUUCAAAAAAUAAACAGGCUCUCAUCCAUGGAGUGCAUUACAGUCUUGCCGAAGGUGGGCAUUUUAUAUAGGGCACUAUAGUAAAAACCAGUGAGUUGAUAUAAUACGAGAGACUACUAAAGAAACAUUUUAGAGUAGAAAAAACCUUAGACAUCACAGAGGGUGUUUUAAGAUCUAUAGAGUUAAGUUCUGAUUAAACAAGUGAUUUUGUAGAUAGCCAUUUCCCACUUAACAAUACACUCUCCCGAAGAGGUUUUGACAUUGCCAAGAAGACUAUUAUGAAGAAUUAGAACACAAUCAAAGCUGCUCUUCCCUAUGUGAUUGGCUUGAUAGCUUUGGCUAUGAGCCCAAUCUGGGUUACUAUGCUAAUUCUUACGUCACCAUUAAUAAUUGCUGGUGUGCUGCUAUUUAUGUAUACAAACGUUUUCAACCCAUUCAUAAAGAUGUGGUUCAAGUUUAUGUUUAGCAGUCUGACGAACCACUACUAGAAGAACGAUCUUGUCAUCCUUAAUGUGGGCUUUGCUGAUCUAGAAUCAGAAGAUGGCCUCUACAUUAAAACAAUGAAGGACAAGUUCGAUGCCUUCCGUUUCUAACUCUAUCACUACAUUGUUAUGAGAUUCGGAGGAGUCAACAGUAUGAAUGGUCUGAGUCUUUUAGAAACUGGUUGUGGUAGAGGAGGUGGACUCCAUUACCUUUCUAAAGAGCUUAACCCCCAAAGUGCUUUAGGAAUAGACUUCUGUCAGGCUCAGAUUGACUACUGCAAGUAGCAUUGGUUAGGAGACAAGUUAAACAUCAACUUCAUUAAGCACGACGUCGAGAAACUCGAUGCAUUAGUCAGCAGAAACUCCAUUGAUUAUGUAGUUGAUAUUGAGAGUUCAGUUUUCUAUCCAGAUAAAAAUGCUUUUUACAGAUAAGUAAGCCAAGUUCUUAGAAGAGAUGGAGUAUUCCUUUAUGGAGUAAUGAUGUUCUCCUUCCAGGUCAAUAAUUUCGAGAAAAACCUCGAGAAAUACUUUGACAUUGAGAAGAGGGAAGAAAUUUCAAAAGAGGUGCAGAAAUCAUUGAGAAUAGAUACUCCAAAUGUUUCUGACCUGAUCGAAAACAACUUCCCAGUUUACACUCACUGGAUACUAAAGCAAUCAUUUGGAAUAGAGGGCACCUAUUUCUUUAGAAUGAUGGAGAACAAGCUUGUUGUUUACAAGGUGUACUUGUGCAGAAGAAAGAAGGCCAACUGA